AUGAAGAUGCUGGUAUUUCACUGUUGCCAACUCGCAAGGAUGCAAACUAUUAUUGCUUUCAUGUCGGAUUACUACGACCUUUCUGGCUUGAUUUUAGGGACACACUUUCCCUAUUCUCUUUCCUUUAGUUUUGUUUUCGGUCACGGACGAUCCAGGUUGGCUGUAAUAAGAGGUUUACAGCCGCAAGUUUUCGCUUUUUUUCUACUGGUGGAUUCCGGCAUUGGACGAUUGAGAGUGAGAGAGUGUGUGUGUGUGGCAGAGGAUUGGAAACGCUGA